GGGACACAGCAGAGACCUGCAUUGUUCCUUCAUCUGAACACUGAUAGAGAAUUCAUCUUGCAAUGGCGAGUACUGAACACCAGGUGUGGGUUGGCUUCAUCGAUGGCCUCCUUCCAGUGGUGGGAUCUGUGAAAGAGGCUGUGGAGUGGGUUCUGGCUGUAGCUGCUGAUGAAAAAGCUCUGGCAGAGGAGAAACUCAAAGUCAUCAAUGGACGGCUUGAACUGAAGAGCAAACAUGAAUUCUCGAGGGCUUCGUCAGGAUAUGCAUCUGACAGCUCAUCAUCGUCAUCCUCUUUACCCUCCAUGAAAUCAGCUGGUCAGGCUGCAAUGGAUGUGGAAAGUGUUGCUGUUACGGGCCUGAAGGACUACAUCAUAGAACCGCCAAAGGGAAAGGGGAAAGGAAGGCCACAGCCAGGGGGGGCACAAUUGAGAUCUAAGUCUGAUCCGGCGCAACUGAAAGCGAUUGAAGACAGGACACGGGAGAAGAUCCAUAAGAUCAACCAGAACUUCGAGUUCAGGAUCCCUCUUGGGGAUGAUGGUAACAGGUCUGAUAGGGGAGAGCAUGUUAUCAACAAUGGUGUCAUUUCAUUUUACCACAGAACUGUGGAGGAUUUCACGAGGGAGUACUCAGGGGUAAUUACUAGGCCUAUUGGUAUUGAGCCUCCCCUUCAUAAUGACAUCCGUGAUGCCAUUCAGAAUGUAUUGGUAGUGGAGUUUAACGCAGAUGAGCUGUACAUCAAUGCUAAUGCACUGAUAUAUGGUGAGUACAGUCGAGUGCUGAAGCAGGCCCUUAAUGAUUGGCUGUUACCAGCCCAGGAAGAUGUUGAAGGAGCACAGGAGGAUGUUGUUGCGCGUGUGAACCGCAUUGUACAGAUCAUGAAUGACGAGCAGGCUUAUGUUGAUGAGAUGGCAAGGGACAAAUAUAUUGGGAAUCAGAACGAGAGACGAGUUCGUGUUGAGACUAUCAGAGGACGGGUGGUAGAUAUGUUUACCAAUUGGCUGCACUAUUUUCAACCUGCUAAAAAUGAAAUUGACAUCGCAUUUGGCCAAGUGCACUGAGAGGAUGAAUAGCUUAGUCAAGGAUUUGUAUAGGAUAGAAGUUCAAGCAAAUAAUUGUUUUGUGAACCUAUGACAUGUAUUAGGCUUAAAAAGGAUUUGGUU